UUGGUGCGGCAUCAUGGCAACCAGUGAUUUGACGUUAGAACAAAUUCACAGCUAUUUUAAAGAAAAUGGAAAUAUGGUUAAAAACCGUGAACUCGUUCAUCACUUCAAGGAAUAUUUAACGAACCCGGCAUCCAAAGAUGACGCAAGAAUCAAAUUCAAAAAAUACGUCAACACUCUAGCCCAAACCAAGACAGAAGGCGACGAGAAGUUCCUCAUCCUCAAAACCAAAUACCAUAACUCCCCCACGACCCCUACUCUCACGUUCCCCCCUAAUGAUCCCAGACUAUCCCUAGGCAUCCCGGUUUCCCCGGAUAGCAGUCCUGCCAAAUCCCCGGCUCAUCGGCAGCCGCCGCCGUACAGACCGCCGCCCCCCGUUUCGUCCCCCACGCAAUCCCCCGACAACAUCUCUCUGAGCUCGGUCAUGUCGCAGGACGGCACCCCACAGGCGCCCCCGAGGCGAAAGGCGGCGGAUAGGCAGAAGUCGGUUGACGAAGACGCCACACCGACGAAACGUGUGGAGGAAGAGGGGGAGGAGAAAAUCAGCGUAAAGGAGAGGAUGGAGAAGUUCAACCGGAUGGCGUCCAUGGACGACGAGCUGAGUCCGAGCCCGCGGCAAAAUAAAACGAGCGAGAAGAGCAAAAUAGACAAGGGGGCCGAGGAGGACGACGGCGCUUCGGUCACAUCGUUAGAGCCGAAAAAGUGCACGGAAUGGUACGUCACGGCGUCGAAGGGCGACAUCCAAGAGCUGCUCAAGCUGGCCCAGGACGAGCCGAGGCUGGUCAACAGAAAGGAUCCAUUUACGCUUCACCAUCCAUCAAGUCCCACCGCGUCCGACCAUCAUCGCGGCCCAACCGAGCUCGUUUUACCCGUCGUUGCCUGCAUAAAAAUGCCGCGCCGUCCACACAAAGGCAGCGCCGAAACGUCGGCCGAGUGCGUCCUCGUCGGCGCCCGCGCGCCGGAAAAGGACGCGAGAUCGGGCGUGAGGCGUACGUGGGCCGGACUGAAUUGA